AUGAUCCAAUUAUCAUGCAAUAAUCAGACAGAAAAUAACCCAAUACUCUUCAGUUCAAACUUCAUCCAAACAACCGAAAGUAUUGGCACCCAAGUACAAUCUUCUCUUCUCGGAACAGCAAAUUCAGGCACAGGACCCGAUGGUAAUUUUGGGCUUUCUCAAUGCUAUGGUGAUCUUUCUACAAGCGAUUGCAUCAUCUGCUAUGAUUCAGCACAUUAUCUUGUCUCCCGUUGCUUUCCUUAUACUGGCGCUAGGGUUUAUCUCGAUGGCUGUUUUAUGCGAUUCCAGAAUUUCAGUUUCUUUGAUGAGUAUUCUGGACCUAGUGACACCUCUGUUUGUGGGAAUACCACAAGGAAGAGUAGCUUGUUUCAAGAUUCGUGUUUACCAUGGUCUGAAGGGCGUGCAUUGAAUACAGGGUGUUUUAUGAGGUAUUCUGAUGUCAAUUUUCUCAAUCCUGUGGCAUCAAGAAGCAGCAAUAGAGGGAGGAUAAUAGCUAUUGUCACAGCUUCUGUUAGUUCCAUAUUAAUUCUUCUUGUUGCUUUGUUAAUUGGCUUAUAUAUAUGGAGAAGAAGAGUUAUAGAAAAGAAAAGAACAGGUUCUUAUGAUGCCAAAAAACUAGCAAAGAUUCUUACAGACAGUAGCUUGAAUUUUAAAUACUCCACUAUUGAAAAAGCCACAGGAAAUUGGAAUGAUUCCAAUAAACUUGGCCAAGGUGGCUUUGGAAUUGUCUACAAGGGUGUUCUUCCAGAUGGAAGAGAAAUAGCUGUGAAGAGGCUUUUCUUCAACAAUAAAUUUAGAGCAGCAGAUUUUUAUAAUGAAGUUAACAUGAUUAGCAGUGUUGAACAUAAAAACCUUGUGAGGUUGUUAGGAUGCAGUUGUUCAGGACCCGAAAGUUUUCUUGUAUACGAGUUUCUACCCAAUAUGAGCCUUGAUCACUUCAUCUUUGAUGCGAUAAAAGGGAAGGAACUAAAUUGGGAGAAGAGGCUUCGUGCUAAAAUAGCUGAUUUUGGGUUAGCCAGAUCUUUUCAACAAGAUUUGACUCACAUCAGUACUGCUAUUGCUGGAACACUUGGAUAUAUGGCUCCGGAGUAUUUGGCGUUUGGUCAGUUAACCGAAAAGGCGGAUGUGUAUAGUUAUGGUGUGUUGUUGUUGGAGGUAGUUACUGGAAUGCAAAACAAUAGAAGCAAAGACUCGGAAGAUUCAGACAGUUUAGUAUCAAUUGCAUGGACACAUUUCCAACAAGGUACAGUGGAGGAAAUACUUGAUCCAAACCUAAUGUUUAAUAACACGUAUCCGAAACAUAGUUUCAAAAAGGAGGCUGUAAAAGUGGUACAUGUAGGACUCUUGUGCACCCAAGAAGCUCCAUCGUUAAGACCUUCCAUAUCAAUGGCACUAAAAAUGCUUGUAAAAGAUGAUGAACCCUUACCUACCCCCUCAAAUCCCCCAUUUAUCGAUAGAAAUGAAUUUAAUGAACUUGAGGAGAAACUACAACGUUACCAUGAUGAUGAUGAUUUAGGGUCGGUUGCUACUGUUUCCCAUAGUCGUUUCUUGCCAAGGUAAGAUGCUGUAGCUUUUAAAGUUAUCUUAUCAUGGUUAAAGAUUUAGGAGAAGAGAGGAGUCUAAGGGUAGCAUUGUGUGUACAAAAGAAGAUAAAAAUGGAUAUGGAUUUAGAGGAAAUCGGAUCAAAAUGUGGGUAGUGAUUGUGUUAGAUAUCGGGUCAUGAGUUAUCAGUAUGUAUAUCUUGCAAAUUUUGAUCUUUGUAAAUUUAAAGACGGGGUUCGUGUAUUUAUGUAAGAGCUGUCA